GCGAACGCUUAGCGAGUCCCGCCAGCCGACGGAGGAGGGAACUUUCAUCAUGCGAGGCAGCCGGUCUUCGCGAUUUCUGCCCCGAUCCCUGGGCCCCAAAUAUUUGCCGCGCUGAGAUGCAGCUAUUGCAUUUGGCAGCGUUGUGGGUGCAAGUAUCGGUGUCCAGGGCUGCACGCUUCAUGCCCGCCUCCACGGGGCCUUUUGCACUGCCUGGGUACGACUCCCCCCUGCAAGCCCCACACCAACCUUCCUUGGUCCAACAAGACAGCCGCAAGGCCACUGUCUACGACCUCUUCCAGUCGAGGCUAUCGGCAGCCCACACAGGCAGUGCGCGGGAGGACCUGGAGCACAUUCUCAACAGUCACGGGGCCGUGAGGAGGUCGGUUGAUGCGUCGUGGACGGCGCCGAAGUGCUAUGACAGUUUGGAGGAGCUGGUGAUAUCCGAGGAUGAGUACGACUACCUGCACUGCCCCCAGAUGCAUGCCAUCAAGGGCAUAUGCAUCCUUGACGCUUGGUUCGGCAGGAGGGACAACGCCGUCUGCGUCCCAACCGCUGUCACACCCAACUGCACCGUAGACGUCACCAAACAACUGCAGUAAGCAAGGUAGACGGGGGGUGCAUCGACCCGACACACAAGCCACCCCUGCGACACACUGCAAGCCCUGGCACACACCGGCACCACCACCACGAUGUGUCUGCCUGUCUGCCUGUCUCUCUGUCUGUCUGUCUGUCUGUCUCUGUGUCUCUCUCUGUGUGUGUAUGUGUGUGUGCGCAAAGGGACGCGUGUGACACUCAGCGGCGUUGUGAGGUGUUUGCGCACGAGGACUACUUUGGCAGCCCCUGCGCAGGGCCCAAGUACCUGCAGAUACAAUACCUCUGCCACUGUGGGGUGCCGGGUGGGUGCGUAUGUAUACCUCAAUCACCUAUACACCCAUUCCAUGCAUGCCGGCGGAUGGGUGACACACGUACAUGUAUCGAUCCACCCAGCCAUCUGUGUCUGUGUACAUGUAUCGGUUGUUUCAUUGCCUCAUUGUACGUUUGUGUGUGUUUCAGAGAAGGUUCCGCCGAGCAGCCGGCCCCUCCCGCCUCUGCGUGUGCCGGGCGACUGUUCGGUGGCGGCAUUACCUCCCUCGAUGGCCGCCCGAGUGGUGUGCGACCAGAGCAACGACUUUGUGUCUUGUGAGCUGGGCAAGUCACUCGACAUUUACUUCGCCGGGUACGGUCGGCGGGAGGCCAACCAGUGCAGACCCACACCCUCCUUCGACGAAGACGCAUGUGCCUUCACAGACAUCACACAAGAAGUCGCGUAAGCCGUCCUUGUGGGUGGGUGUCACUCGUGGCAAUGGGCGUGUGUGGUGUCUGUCUGGCUACAUAUCACUGCCGACGGUCAGGUCGAUGUGCAACAACCAGACGAUUUGCCAGAUUGAAAAUCCGAAUGACGAGAACAUGCUGCCGUGUGAGGGGGUGGACAAGUACAAGCUGAUCCUGUACUCGUGCAUCUGCCCCGCACAGCCCACCCUGCCGCCACCAAAGGGCGACAUUGUCUUCCCCUUCACACCUAACGUCCCACUCCAAACCAUUGCCCCGGAGGAAAAAGUCCUUACCAGGCGCAACAUGGCCGCCAACAAGUCAGUCGGGGAGGGAGGGAGGGAGCACGUAGACGCACAAGUGUCAUAUAUACCCUCUCCCCGUCUGGCUGUCUGUUCCUUCCUUCCUUCCUUCCUUGUGUGCCUGUUUGUGUCUGUCUGUCUCGCUUUUUGUGUGUUGUGGGCUGGCCUGCCUGCCUGCCGCAGGCCCACUGUGCAGAGCUCGACAGAGUACGGUGAUGGGGCAUAUUUGGCGGUGGACGGCAACACCGACGUCAGCGAAAUCACGGGGGCGUGCACACAUACAAAGGCGGUGAGCUCAGUCAGUCAGGUGCUCGCGUGUGUGGAUAUGCAGGUAGUAUGCAUGUAUGCAUGUAUGCGAGGGACUGACUGACGUGUGUUUGUAUUUGUGUUUGUGUCUGUCUGUGUGCAGGAUGAGGGCUGGGAUCCAUGGUGGCGUGUGGACCUCGAGGACGACGCCAAAACGCCCAUAUGGGGGGUCUCCAUCACUGCGAGGAAAAGGUACCUACGCACAAGAAAGGCAGGGAGGGAGGUGCCUGCGUGGCGUCAAGUGAAUGCAGCCCGCCAACGUCUCCCUGCCCGCCUGUCUGUCGGUCUGUCUAUCUGUUGUUUUGCUGGCCGGUGUGUGUGUGGUGUUGGUUGCUCCCUUCCAGUUUGCAGGGUGCUCAGGUGUGGGUUGGGAGCGACGACUGCUCGUUCCGUGCGUCAGGGAGCAUGCCGUGCAUUCCCAAGGGUGGGUACCAGAAGACCUGGAAGGAGCGAGGGACCACCCUGGUGGAGUGUCAGGACCUCGUACAGUACGGCUGGGCCCCACCGAUGUCACCCACAUACAAAGCCAGAUACCCCGCAGGCAAAUACCUCUGGGUCAGUGAGUCUGUCAGUCAGUCAGCCAGUCCCAGUUGGCAACCUGGGCAGAGAGGCGGAGAGAUUCUCUAUCACUCACUCACACUCUGACUGGCCGGCCAUCUGAGUGAGUGAGUGAGUGAGUCCAUGUAUGCGCCAGUCGGCAUGGCAUGUAUUGUGGGUGGGUGCAUAUUCACUGCGUGUCCAUUGGAUUUCGUUAGCAUGUAUGCAUGUAUGUGUGUAUGUGUGUAUGUGUGUGUUGUGCAGGUGGUUUUGCCCGGUUCGCCCUCCAAGGUGUUGUCUCUAUGUGAGGUGGAGGUGUGGGCCUUCUUCGAAGAAGAGUACGAAGAUGCCGUCCGACGGCAGCCACCAACACUGCUGCAGAGGGAAGCCAUCGCCUCCCUCAUGCCCCGCAACAUCGCACGCGACCGUCCAUCGCAGAUCGAGCCGCCCAGACCUGACGGCAAGGGACGGGCGGAAUUAUGUGUGGACGGCAACACGUCGGCCGACCCUGCUAAUUGUACGGAGAGCGCCCCUGCCGCUGAACCGUGGCUCCGGGUGACGUUCAACGCCUCGUACAUUGUCGGUGCGGUGCGGGUACUCAACAGAAAUAACAACUCAGACUGGUGGGAGGCAGGCAGGAAGGACAGACACAAGGGAGGGAGGGAGCGAGGGGGAUGCGGGACAGGCAGUGGGGCGGUAGGCGUCCGUGUCAUCGAUGUAUGUAUGUCAGGUUGGACAACGUGGAGUUUUGGGUGGGUGACAGCUUGGCUGCGUACGACGAUGAGGGCAACAGCCGGUGUGCCUUAGAGUUCGACAACCCUGACUUCCCUCCAGGCCGGUUCACACAGCGAGUGCCUCAAUGCCCCUGAGGGAAGACACAUCUGGGCGGUCUUGCCCCAGGGACCCACCGAUAGGAUACUGUCUCUCUGUGAGCUGGAGGUCUUUGCCUUUAGGGAACGACCCAAUAGGCUCACCCAGCCAUCUGGUUUCAGCUUCCCGGUCUGAUCUGAUUCAUCCACACUCAGGACAUGUAUUUGCUGUUUGCUGGCGCAUUCGUCCGAUCCACCUACCUGCCCAUGGAUAGGUAGACAUGUCUGUAGGUAUAUUGCUUGUGGGUCUUUAAGACAGCAGGUAUGUAUGUAGUUUGGCUUUUUUGACUAGCUUGCUGGUUUGUUGAUGUGCUUACAGCGCAUGAACAUGAAUGUGCAACUCAUGACAUGUGCUCUGCCCUCACAAUUAAAAUUACCCUCGUGUGCUG